ACGCGGGGCGGGCCCGGCGGCGCGGGGGGCGACCUGAGGCGUGGGCGACGGCGGGGCGCGGCGGGAGGACGGAGGCCCCGGGCGACGCCGGGCUGCGGCCCACGAGGCGGGGCGGCGGGUGGAGCCGGCUGCCGCCGCCGCCGGGCCGGCGUCAGAGCGAGUGCCCGCGAGGUGUAUCCUCGCGCGCGUCUGCGGGAAGCGGGGUCAGGACAGCCCUCCCACUGCGGCCCGCGGAGCCCCGCGCCCCGGAGCGCGGCCGAGGAAGGCCGCCUGGAAGGGCGGCGGUGAGAUGCUGUGCGGCGGCCGGCCCUAGACAGGCUCCCCGGGGGGACCGGGAAAAGCCCCGCAUCCGGGGCGGAGGCCGAGGUCCGCGGGCUCCCGAAGGAAGCCUGCGGGAACGCUGGGCGUGCUUUGGAGAAUCGUCGGUGAGCGGGGCAUGCGGUCUACGAAGGCGGGGGAAGAACAAAAUCCGCUACCGCCCGGUCCUCUGAAGAGACACCCUGUGGCGCCGAAAGCCUCGGGAGCGAGCGCUCUCGCGGCCGCGUCCUUGGUCCCAGCAGCGUCCGGGGCCGAGCUGGUGAGUGGGAGGAUGCGCGGGUGUGCAGCCUCCGUCCCGGGAAGGCACGGCCGGGAGCGGUGAGGAGCGGCAGCUUCCAAAUGCUGCUUCGAAAGUUUCCCCACUUUGGUAACUAGACGUUUACUUUUAUGUAUUCCGGGGGCAGGAUAUUUCCACAUGCUCCAUCCUGCAGGAUGCAGCUCCUUUCUCUGCAGCGGGCACAGCUUGGGGCCCGGUGGGGGGAGCCCGUAAGCUACAUACCCUUCCUUGCAAACUUCAAAAAGUUGGGCCAGCUCCCUUUAUACGGAGCUCGGUCUGUGCGCGGGGCCCCAGUUACGCUGGACCAGGUGGCUGUGGAGGCACCUGCUCAGAUGCGGGGGGCUUUGGAUGAGAUGAUAGAUUUGAGGUGUUUCCGGAUUUCCCUGUUGCAAACACUUGUGCAGUAGUCCUCAUGAUACUCGAAGUGCUGUAUUUCCUCCAUCUGAACCCCUCCCCCUCCCCCAGUUUUAACAUUUCUGAAACCAGGAGGCAUCUUCACAGGCCAAAAGGACUUGCCCGCUGCUGGGCAUCUGCGUGGUUGGGGAAUGUACCUGUUGCUGUUUGGUCAGGUGAAAAUGCAGCUGUGUGGUUAUUCCAUCACUUCUGACACUUGAGAUGAACUUUAAAUGUAGAUCUCUAAUUGUUUUUAAAAGUAGCUGGAAAAGGUAAUGCUGUGGUAAAGCAAAAAUUGUAUAGCAAUAUUUAUUACUAAGGGUUUUCUGUAUGCUUGACAUUGUUUCAAUUAAUGUUACAGCCCUAUAAAGUACAAUUGUUAUUCCCAUUUUAUAGAUGAAGAAACUGAAGCUCCAGAGAGUUGAAGUGUCUUAGAGCUUUUAAGUACAAGUGUCAGGAUUCUCACCUAAACUGAAUUCAAAGCUUGCCCUCUUAACUCCACUAAGUCUGUAUCCAGGCAGAGGAUGGGUGCAGCUUACUGGGAGGGAAGUCAAGAGAGGGUCUAUGCUUGUUUUUAUACCUUUUUGGCUGUUUAUGGAUGUGUGUAUGGAACUGGGAGACAGCCACAUCCAAGAAGACUGAUUAUACUUAUUCCCACGUUGAUGCCAAAUCUUUAUUUUCGGAUCUUUUGCAGUUUAAAAUAUAUUUCCUCAAGUUCUGGAGUUCUGGAUGUGUGGUCGGUGCUUCUGGAUCCCUCCUCUUCUGUCUUUUGCUCCUCUAGAAGACUAUAGAGGCAUGCACUCCAAACUGCUCAACUGGCUGCCUCCCAAGAAGGCACUCCUUAAUUUAAGAGAGAAGUCAGUUUUUCAGAGUUGUUAAGGUCACAUCAGCCUCUAGGAACCCCCGGGUUCUGGUGCUGCAGGGACACACCAAAGUUCUGGGGGCGGGAGAUUGCGGUCAGAGGAGACCGCAUACCUGUGAAGCCUCUCAGCAGAGAUUCUGGGACUUUCGUCACCAGAAGUGGACACGCCCGGUUGGGUGGGCAUCGUCAUGCUACAGCAGCUCCUGAUCACCCUGCCCACGGAGGCCAGCACCUGGGUGAAGUUGCGCCAUCCAAAGAAGGCCAAGGAGGGGGCACCCCUGUGGGAGGAUGUAACGAAGAUGUUUGAAGGAGGAGCUCUGCUCUCUCAGGAUGCUGAGGAGACCCAGGGAGAAAGUUUGAAGGCUGAAGUCACCUCUGGACCUCCAGCAGCAGAAUCCCAGGAACUGCUGACUUUCAAGGACAUAUCUGUGGACUUUACCCAGGAGGAGUGGGGACAACUGCCCCUUGCUCACCGGAAUCUAUACCGGGAGGUGAUGCUGGAGAACUAUGGGAACCUGCUGUCAGUGGGAUAUCAACUUUCUAAACCUAGUGUGAUAUCCCAGUUGGAGAAAGGACAAGAGCCAUGGAUGACAGAGAAAGAAGGCCCAGGAGAUCCCAGUUCAGACUUGAAGAAUAAAACAGAAACCAGUACAUCAGCUUCAAAGAAUGAGAUUUUACAGGAACACUUAUAUCAUGGCAUUAUGAUGGAAGGGUUCCUGAGAGAUGAUGUCAUUUAUUCCACAUUGAGAAAAGUCUCUAAAUAUGAUGGCGAGUUAGAAGAGCACCAGGAAUCCCAUGGAAGAGAUAUAAGACACGCCAUCCUGACCCACAAGAAGAGUGACCAGGAAACUAACAAAUUCGGGGAAAAUAUUGUCAGUUCAAAUGUUACGAUAGAACAGAGGCACCGUAAAUGUGAUACACCUAGAAAGAGGAAUAAAUACAAAUUAGACUUGAUAAAUCAUCCGAAUUACAUAAGAACAAAAACCUAUGAAUGUAAUAUAUGUGAAAAAAACUUCAAACAACCCAUUCAUCUUACUGAACACAUGAGAAUUCAUACUGGUGAAAAACCUUUCAGAUGUAAGGAAUGUGGAAGAGCGUUUAGCCAAAGUGCAUCCCUUACUACACACCAGAGGAUCCAUACUGGUGAGAAACCCUUUGAAUGUGAAGAAUGUGGCAAAGCCUUUAGGCAUCGCUCAUCUCUUAAUCAGCAUCAUAGAACUCACACUGGAGAGAAACCCUAUGUAUGUGAUAAAUGUCAGAAAGCUUUCAGCCAGAACAUUAGCUUGAUCCAGCAUUUGAGAACUCAUUCUGGAGAGAAACCCUUUACGUGCAAUGAAUGUGGGAAAACCUUCCGACAGAUUAGACACCUUAGUGAACAUAUAAGAAUUCACACUGGGGAGAAGCCCUAUGCGUGCACUGCGUGUUGUAAAACCUUUAGUCAUAGAGCGUAUCUAACGCAUCACCAGAGAAUCCAUACUGGGGAGAGACCCUACAAAUGUAAGGAAUGUGGGAAAGCCUUUAGACAGAGGAUACACCUUAGCAACCAUAAAACUGUUCAUACAGGAGUGAAAGCAUAUGAAUGCAACCGCUGUGGAAAAGCCUACAGGCAUGAUUCAUCCUUUAAGAAACAUCAGAGACACCAUACUGGAGAAAAGCCUUAUGAAUGUAAUGAAUGUGGAAAAGCCUUCAGCUAUAAUUCAUCACUUAGUCGACAUCAUGAAAUACACAGGAGGAAUGCCUUUCGAAAUAAUGUGUAAAAAUAGAUUAUUCAACAUGAGAACAAAAGCUAACUCUAAAUCAGUGCUUUUAAAUUCCAGGAUUCCAAAUUUGAGGAAUUGAUAUAAUGAUACCAGCCUUUAAUAUUGCCUGUUGUGUAAAUAGUACGUUGAUAACUAUUAUCUACUAACACCUCCAUACAAAGUACUUAAGAAUAAAGGAUUCAAUUAAAUUCAGGAUUGUGAUGCACACAUAAUUGUUACCUGAUUUCAUGGUGAAUUAUUCUCCAUGGGCAUUCUCUGAUUUAUAGACUAACAUUUGGGAAGUACUGUUGAAAAAAAUCACCCCUGUUUUUUAAGUAACUUACUUUUUUUAAAUGAGGAAACUUACAAAUCUGAUAAAAUUCAAAUGGCAUAGACAGUUGUAUAAGUGAAAAUCCUUUUCCUACAUCCACCACCAAAUUCUACCUUAGAGGCAACCAUUUUUAUAACUUUUUAUGCACCCUUCAAGAGAUCUUUUUUAUUUGUAUCCAAGAGAAUAUGCAGAGUUCUUUUUAAGCAUAAAUGGCAGCUUCCUAUGUAAACACAUCUGCACAUUACUUUUAUUACUUAACCAUAUAUCAUGGAGGUCAUUCCAUAUUAGUAGAUAAAGUGCCUACUCAUUCUUUUUUAUAACUGCAUGGUAUCCUGUGGUUUGAAUGUACUUUAAUUUAGCCAGUUCACUAUGAUGGACUUUUGGAUUUCUAAUCUUUUGUUGCAAUGAAUAGUCUUACGCAUUUUUCUUUCUUACACAUGUGUUUGUGUAGGGUAAAUUCCAAGAACUGGAGUCUCUAUACUAGAGGGUAUGUGCACUUGUAUGAUGGAUAGUGCCAAACUGGCCUUCAUAGAGGUUGGGCCAAUUUACUUUCCCACCAGCAAGAGGACUAGGAGCCACCUGAUGCUGAAGCAUGUGCUGGACCCACAGCCCUGUUAGUCAUCAAAGAAGUAUCCAUUUGUCCCAAUAGCUAGUGUGGAAGUACCAGCUGAGCUGCAUCCCCAGAAGGAGCGCUGCUCUCCAUUCCUGGAGCCAGAGAGGAGUCUGCAUCUUACUGAACAUCAGCCAAGCCUACCAAAAUCUCAGCUGGAAAAGGAGAAGCCCUCUUUCCACCAACUGCUCCAGCCCUUGACCUCUACGCUGGAGCUGCCUGAUCAAUGAGAGUCCCUUGGAAGAGACCAAUCCACCUAUCUUAGCAAGUCAAAUCUUGGCUGCAACCCCUCUGAUGGAAUGGAGGAACACUGAUAAUUGAGUCAGGAGACUUAAGAUGGCAGGGUGUACUAUGGAUGAUCAACCACAGCAUUUUACCGGAUGGUUAAGUUAGCAAGUUACAGUUAAUACGUGGAGGAAGAGAGAAAAGAGGUAGGGCAUGACUGUCUAAUAAGCAUUGAUUAAUGAAAGUAUUAAUUAACAUUGCUUAUGUUGUGAAAGCUGAGCACCACGAUCGGGGCUACAUGGUUUUGUACAUGCUCAUUUUUCAAUCUGGUAAAUGUUUAUUAAAGUUUUAGUGAGUAA